UAUACCAUGGCUUCUAAUGGAAAAGACACAACUAUGGCAUCCCUAGAGCAUGGGGAGGAAGAGCAACAGAAUGUCUUGAGGAGGGUGGCCAGUCUACCUUUAGUCAACUCUGCCUGUGAUCUGGCUGCCACUGCCUAUGCUUCCACCAAGGAGAGCCAUCCCUAUGUGAGGUCCAUCUGUGACAUGGCAGAGAAGGGAGUGACCUCCAUAACCAGUGCUGCAGUUAGCAGUGCACAGCCAGUUGUAACUAAACUUGAACCUGAGGGGACAACAGAGGAGGAGUGUGUUUCUGAAGUACUUGACCAAGUGGAGGAGAAUCUACCAGUCCUUCAACAGCCUGCUGAUGAGGCUACAUCUGAGACACAGGAGUUGGCCUCUGUCAGUCUGGAAGAGGUCAAGGAGACGAUCAGAGUGGUAGAUAUGACCGAAGAGGCUGUGCAGGACAGUAUGAAGACCACCAAAUCAGUGGUAACUGACAGCAUGAGCACAGUUGUGGAAUCAAGAAUGGGCCAAUUGGCCAUAAGUGGAAUGGAAGCAGUGCUGGAGAAAUCUGAAGAGCUCUUGGAUCACUAUCUUCCCAUGACAGAUGAUGAACUAGCUGAACUUGCUGAAUCUGUGGAAGGGGCUGAAGUGUCUUCAGCACAACCACAAGAGCAUCGGAGUUACUUCGUGCGUUUAGGUUCCCUGUCAACCAAACUUCGCCAACGUGCCUACCGCUAUUCCCUAAACAAGAUGAGACACACCAGUCAAAGCAUCAGAGAGGCUCUUUCCCAGCUUCAUGAAACCAUGGGACUGAUUGAAUACCUUAAGCGAGGUGUUUCUCUCCAAGAAGUCCAGGAGAAGUUCCAUCACAUAUGGCUGAGCUGGAAUAGAGAGCAGCCAAAAAGCAGUGAAAUCAAGGAUUUGGCAAAACCAGAGAUGGAGUCUGAGACCCUGGCUAUGUCCCGCAGCAUUAUCCAGCAGCUGCAGGACACCUGCCAGAUGCUAGUAUCCAGCAUUCAAGGAUCUCUCCAGCAGCCUCCUAACCCAGAGCCAGGAGAUGGUGACCAAGGCCCAGGAAUAUGUGGAUGAGCUGAUGGCAUACAUGAUGGAGACUACUCCUCUGUCUUGGGUUGUGGGACCCUU